AUGAAUCAUCUUGUCUAUACGAGUUUGGCCGGAAACGCUUCUGUAGGAGUUGCAUCUCAGGUGGGAAACCCAAGGCGUGGUCCUGGUGGUGCUGGAGUUGGCUCUUGCGCUAAUUUGGCAAGUUCUGAUAUGCCUUGUCCUGGAGACGUCGAACAUGGCCAGAUAACGGGUCCUGGUCAUAUGAGCAGCACUCGUGGCCAGGCAGGCGUUGCUUCUGGUUCUGCAGGUAUGCAUGGUCCUAGUGCUGUGCGUAUUCCCUCAACAAUGCCACCUCUCUCUAACUUGCCACCUAGUUCAAAUGGACAACAGACCCAACAAGGGCAUUCUACUUUUCAUUCGCAACAUCACCAUCAGCAUGCGCACACACCAGCACAUCAACUAGCAGCAGGGCAUGAGUCUUUUAAAGCACACGGACAUCAAACUCAGCAUAUUCCUACUCGACACUCGCAGCACACUCACCACCACGCUUCACAUCACAACGGCCCUGCUGGCCAACUGAGCCCGCGUGACUCAUUGCCUCCAGCAAGUAGCUGUCCAGGUGUCACAUCAGGCACCAAUGUUGGUGCCGGCAUGAAUGGUUCACUGGGUACACGACGUCGUGGAACUACUGCUCUGGUAGAGAGUCAUACUGCGAAUUCUGGUCUUGGCAGGCACGCUGCUUCUGGAACUAAUAGCGGAGUAGGUGUGAGCAGCGAAGGAGGUCUGGACGCCCAUGCAAUCGCAACUGGGCUUUCCCUGCAAGGCGCUGGUGGCACAACGACUAAUGUUAGCUUGGCUCUGGCAAAUGGGGAGCAAAUCGGCAGCCAA